GCGCAGACAGGCCUCCCGGCCGCUCUCUCCCCCUCCUCCGCUGCGGGACCCACAGCCGCACGCCUGCUCUGCCGUCUUCCCCAGCGAUCCCGCCGGCCCUCCAGGAUGCCUCCCCCUGUCCUGGCGCUGGUGAGUGGCCAGGCGCUCCCAGCUUUCCUGCUCUGCGGCACGCUGCUGGUCAUCAAGAUGUACGUGGUGGCUGUCAUCACGGGCCAAGUGAGACUUCGGAAAAAGGCUUUUGCCAACCCUGAGGAUGCCCUGAGACACGGAGGUCUCCAGUACUGCCGGAGUGACCAGGACGUGGAUCGCUGCCUCAGAGCCCACCGGAAUGACAUGGAGACCAUCUACCCCUUCCUGUUCCUGGGCUUCGUCUACUCCGUCCUGGGGCCUGACCCCUUCAUCGCCCACAUGCACUUCCUCGUCUUCUUUCUGGGCCGCGUGGUGCACACUGUGGCCUACCUGGGGAAGCUGCGGGCGCCCACCCGCUCCCUGGCCUACACCGUGGCCCAGCUGCCCUGCGCCUCCAUGGCCCUGCAGAUCAUCUGGGAAGCAGCCCGCCACCUGUGACCUGCAGCCGAUGCCUCCUCGGCCACCAGAAAGCUGGCCCCGAGCCGCAGUGACUGUACCUGGGGGACUGGGUGUCUCUUCGAGAUUGCGCUAGGCCCCGGGGACCUGGCUUCUUGGCGACCCGCUGAACCUGGGAUGCUGGGCACCGUGGGCCUGGGUGUGUUUGCAGAAGUGUGUGCACGUACGUGUGUGUGCACGUGUGCCUC